AUGGCAAAUAAAAUACUGGAUCCAAUCUUUAGAUUAUACGAUCCAAUUCGUUAUUCAUUUAACAAGAAAAAAGAGGAUUAUAUUAUCAUCUCACCGACUGUUGGUUCUAAAUCCCAAUUGAACGAUGGUGAUGCUUAUUUCAGAUGUGAUUUCAAAAUUAAAGAUGGAACUCCCAAUGAAAAUCGUGUACCACAAACUACUACAAUGUUAGAAAACAAUUUCUUUCCAUCUUUAUUUAGCGAGAUGGUUUUGGAAGCUUGUUCAAAUCAGAUAGAAACAAUUAAACACCCUGGGGAAUUCGACACAAUGUUGAAAACAAUUUUAUAUCCUAAAGAUUUCGAUUCAGUCUCAGGUUGGAUACCCGAUGUUGGCGAUGGAAGUGUUUUAAAAGAACCGGUAAGAAAUCUUGCAAAUGAUGCUGAUUUAGCUAGAGUGAGAGUUGUUGUUUGA